AUGCCGGCCGGGUUUCAGCAACUCGGAGGGGAGACGGUGACUGGAACCUUUGUUCUCUCAGUCUUCACUGCCGUCCUGGGAUCUCUGGAGUUUGGAUACAACAUUGGCGUCAUCAAUGCACCUCAGAAGAUGAUUGAGAAGGAUUAUAAUGCAACAUGGAUUGAACGGUAUGGAGAGCCCAUCCCCACGGGGACCCUCACCUCCCUCUGGUCUCUGUCUGUCGCUAUCUUCUCCAUUGGUGGCAUGCUGUCCUCCUUCUGCGUGGGCUUCGUCUCUGAGUGGCUGGGCAGGAGGAAAGCCAUGCUCGUAAACAACGUGUUCGCCUUCCUUGGCGGGAGUCUAAUGGGGAUGUCCAAGCUGUGCAGCUCCUUCGAAAUGAUGAUCCUCGGACGCUUUAUUAUUGGGGCCUACUGUGGGUUGGCAUCAGGUUUGACACCGAUGUACGUGGGUGAGAUAUCUCCAACAAGUCUGCGAGGGGCCCUCGGCACGCUGCACCAACUGGCUAUAGUCACUGGUAUUCUCAUAGCACAGGUCCUGGGUCUGGAGGUGUUACUGGGCAGUGAGCACUUGUGGCCUGUCCUGAUGGGUUUAACAGUCGUGCCAACUGUCCUUCAGAUGGCUCUUCUGCCGUUCUGCCCUGAGAGCCCCCGUUUUCUCUACAUCGUCCGCUGCCAGGAGCACCACGCCAAGAGAGGCCUGAGGAGGUUAACGGGCAAACAGGAGGUGGGCGACAUGCUGGCAGAGAUGAAGGAGGAGAAGAGAAAGAUGGACAUGGAGAGGAAGGUGUCCAUCCUGGAGCUCUUCCGCUCUCCUCUCUAUCGGCAGCCCAUCAUCAUCUCCAUCCUGCUGCAGCUCUCACAGCAGCUCUCUGGAGUCAAUGCAAUUUUCUACUACUCCACCAGUAUCUUCAUGAAGGCCGGAGUCCAGAGUCCGGUGUAUGCCACCAUAGGAGCAGGCGUGGUCAACUGUGCCUUCACUGUGGUCUCGCUCUUCCUGAUCGAGAGGAUGGGUCGGCGGACGCUACACAUGCUUGGACUUGGUGGGAUGUGCAUCUGUGCCAUCAUAAUGACCACGGCUCUUGCUUUGUUGGAAAGUGUUCCUUGGAUGAGCUACAUCAGUAUGCUGUCCAUAUUUGGCUUUGUGGCUUUCUUUGAGAUUGGACCAGGUCCCAUUCCCUGGUUCUUUGUGGCCGAGCUGUUCUCUCAGGGUCCAAGGCCGGCUGCCAUGGCUGUGGCCGGCUUUUCCAACUGGACCGCCAACUUCAUCGUUGGCAUGUGUUUCCAAUAUGUUGCUGAACUUCUGGGACCAUAUGUCUUCCUGAUCUUUGCUGCACUCCUCCUCUUCUUCCUCAUCUUCACAUUCUUCCGAGUCCCAGAGACACGGGGCAAGACCUUCGACCAGAUCGCGGCUAAUUUCCAGCAUCACUCAGCGGGAGGAAUGAUGGACAUGGACCUCGACAUGGACCUGGACAAGCCUAGCACCGAGUUGGACUACUUGGGAGAUGAAAGCAUCAACUGAAGAGGAACGGGACAGAGAACAGCUUGGGUUUAACUGACUCCAAACUUAUAUUUUCAGAUAUGUAUAUUGAGGUCAAGUAUUGUAUUCAUAUAUUGUGGUGCCAAAGCAGUGUUAAAGAAUCAACAAUUUGGGUGUUUUGGAAUUGUCCGUUGCUGGCACCACUACAAUAUGAAGUCAACUGUUUCGAUUUGAGCUUUGAAGAAGGUCAAAUACUUGUGGAUUAAGAGUUGACUAUUGUUUGAGGGGAAAAGGUCUGGACUGUUGGGGGCAUUGACUGCCAAUAUGGUAAGAUUAUAUUCCAUGGUGAUGCAUUCAGUUGCAAUAUUGACAGAUUGAGGUGGAGAGACUUUGGAAUUCCUGCACUUUAACUAGAGCGAAAAAAACACAAGGACAUACUUUAUAUGCCAGCAUUAUGUUAAGUAUUCUUGCCUUUUUGUACCUAAGCUGGGAGCACUCUGGAUGUGGAAACCCGACUGAAUUUAACAUUUAGCUGGAACAGUUUAAAUACAGGAUUAUGGAAAGCUGUGGAAGAUCCAUCUUUUAAUAGUUUUAAUUGUUGGAUUGGAUAAAACUUAGCUUUUGGCUGGGUAUAAAUAAAUUCUACAUACUUAAUAUCUCAUGAACUCUUAUCCUGUUUACUUCCUUGAACAGUUUCAUUAAAAAAAGACUACUUUUCUUUUAAUUCAGUGAAGCAUUUUGGAGGGAAAACCAUUAUUUUUAAAAAUUUUAGUAUCAUAAAGUAUGAAGUCGGAAACUCCAGUACUUAAAAUCAGUGCAGAAUACCAGACAAUAUUCAGUCCCAAUGAGAUCUGUUGAUGUUCCUCAAACUUUCCUGGAGAAAAACACCUUCAUGCCAAACUGGGUCUUCCAUCCUGUUCUGUUCCCAGCUUAAUCUCGUGCAAAGUGCUGUCACUGAAUAUUUUUGUGAUCAUGACACUCCGCACGUCCUGCAGAAAUGCUACAUUCAAAGAAACAUCUAUUUUAGUACUUUGUGUGUACAUACAGCCUUUUUUGGGGGUGUUUGACAUUAAGGGUAUGAGGUUUAAGAGUAUCAAUUCUUUAUGCACUCCAGUAUGUGUUUUGUUUCGUAAACAAAAGCCUGAAACAUAAGAGAAAGAGGUGCAAUCAAAUGGGCUUACUGUAAAAUAGAAUAUCAUGUUGAUUCAUUUUUUAAGGUCAAGCAUCGGGGUUGUGUGAUUUCUUGCCAUUUGUAAUGUUUGUUGUUUGCGGUCUACUCUUUAUUGGUGUGUAGUAUCACCACCCUCUGAUGAUUUAUAUUGAGGUCAUUUGCAUAGAGACAUUACUGAUGAUGUGGUCAUGUGACUAAAAUCAUUUAAGUACUGUAAAUAAUAAGACUUUAAACACCUGUGAAUGCCUUCUUUAAUUUCCAAUUCAUACUCUUAACCAGUGCUUCCCAACUGGUCUAGCCUCAGAAACCACCACAAGCUCCUUAAUGAAAAACCACGACCCAAAGAUCAGAUCAGUUCAAUAAAUAAAAUUGUGCCGUUUGGACCUUAGACAGUAAAAACAUGA